AUGGCGGAGACGGUGCGCAAGACGCCGGAGAGCGCGGAGAGCCGAUUUGGCGAGGCGCUGGCCUCGCGCGACGAGGCGGUGGCGUCCUUGGGGGCGGCGCGCGGCCUGGGGCCGCCGGACCUGUGCUGGGUGCAGAAAUCCGUUCGCGGGAUCCUGAGGAGGAGGAACGGAGACGCUCGGGGCUACUACCACUGGGUGCUGGGCCUGGAUGUGGGCUCCAGCGCCUCCGUGGCGGCGUACUUUGCGAGCAUGGCCGCCGGGGUUGAGAAGGGCAGCUUCUUGCAAGGUCUGAUUUCGACCAGAGACUGCUCCGUUGAGCGAGGUAUCUACUGUUGCUACGACCCCUUCUCUCAGCUGGACGUGUGGUGCGACAUGUGCGUUCCAGGAGGGGUCGCCGCAAGGGCCGUCAACAGUGCUGGGCAACUAUUUGACGUCACACCGGAGAUCUGGAAGCGCUUGCACGUGGCGUGCUUCCUGCGCUCGCAGCUCUACGAUGCUGCGACCGUGUCCAGCAGCAAGGCGGUCCGGCACCUGGACCCUUUCCCCACAGCCAGGGAGGAGUCUACUGUGCUGGAGAUGCUCAUGGGCCUGUACAGGGAGGGCACCCUGGCUGGCUGCCUGGAACGCCUGCACUGGGACAGGAGCAAGGGGGUGACAGCGGAAGACGCGGAUAUUGUGGCGGUGACGGUGAUGCACUACUUUGGCAAGACCCAAAGGUGGCAGCAGGCCUUGGACUUCUUCACAAGGCUGAAGCAUUACCACCCGCUUGCCGCCAUUUACAUCGCUGCAGUUCAAAAAAAGAUGGGUGACUCUGAUGCGGCGAGCACCACCCUCGAGGCAGCCCAAGGGACAUGUUCAGGGAGCGAUGAGACUGCCCUGACAGUGGCCCUAGGCUGGGAUAGGCUGAGGCGGGGCGAUGUGGCUUUGGCGGAGGAGAUGGCAAAAAGGGCAUUGGAGGAUGACACACUGGUGCGACCGGCAUGGACGCUGCUCAUCAACUGCCUUGUUCAAAAGAAGGAGUACACCGCAGCACUGACUGCCCUAAACUCGAUGCCACCACCGAUCAUGGAUGCCUCGCGGAAGGAGCUCUUGUUCCACGUCAUACCUCCGACACCCAAAGGCAUAACUAAACCCCUGCAACCGCAGUAUCACCCCGAGAUAGCUGAGUUCCGCCAGAUUUCCUACGAGUCCAGAGCCCCUGCAACUCUGAUCCAAUCCCUACCAGCCGAGGUGAUCGUCCCAUGGGAGCCUGAGAACUCAGCAGCUGCCCCAGAGGUGGCACCGUCGCAUGCGACACGUGCAAUCGUGCGAUCUUCCUUCAACCUGCUCUUCCAGAUUGUGGAGGGUGUGGGAUGGGAGGAAUUUAUGAAGGUUCGGGCAGAUAUCUUUCUAGUGCCAGCUCCGCCUGAAGAUGCGGAAGGGGACGCGGAGGAGUCUGUCACAACAUCAGGCCUGCUCCGUUCAACCUCCGCCUCUGAAAUCCAACGCAUACUGUUCAAGGAAGCAUUCGUGAAGCUUGACCCUGAGCCGCAGCAGAAGUCGUUCACCAAACGGAUCAGCGAGCAGCUGGGCGAGCUGGUGCAACCCAUCACCAGCCACCUGGUGCCAAAGGAGGGAGGUGCGGCAAACCAGCCAACGAAUUCCAGUGCAGAGGCUGGGGCGCCCAGUGCUGUUCCUGCACCAUCCACAGCGGCGACUGCUAUGGAUGAGGGCACUGGUGCUGUGCCAGCUGGUGCCAAUACUGAAGGUACAGCGAAUGUGGCAGAGCCCACUGCUCCAGCAGCCACAGAGAGUGAGGAGAUGGUGCAGGAUGGGCAGAAAGAAGCGGUGAGGGAAGCGACAAGUGAGGUUUCCAAAGCUGCAGUUGGUGGGCGGGGGGUGCUCGGUGGAGGCCACCCUCUGAAGGUCGGGGAAGUGGAUGGGAAAGGUGGUGAGGAUGGCAGCGAUGGUGUCCAGGAGCCCAUGACUCCGCAGGGUUUGUCAGGAGAAGCAUCCAGGUGCCUGGAAAGGGAGGAUGAGAGGCUGAGCGUGGAGAGGAGCGCGAACAGCGUGCCAGAGCCCGGGACGCCACGAAGGGGGGACGAGAUGGGCGCGAGUCGGGAUAGCAGAUCUGAUGCUGGUGGCGAUGUUGAUGAAGAUGAUGGGCUGACGCCUGAAACACCCAGCAGCGACAGCAAGGGCGAUGAGGCGGGGUCUGCAGGGGUCGCGAGGGGGGGCUUGGGGGUUGAGCACAGUGCUGGAGCCGCUGUGGACUCAGUGCCUGGACCCCAGGUGGUGCAGGGCACUGCUGAGGGUGGGAUUCGUGAUACUUUGAUAGAGAAUAGUUCUGAAGUGGAUGCGUCUGCUCACAGCGCAGGUGGUUGUGCCACGCCAGAAAAUGCCGGCUGUGGUACUCAGGUCCAGGUGGGUGAGCAGGGGCACCUGCCAAAUGGGGAAGAGUGUGGCAAUCUGCAUAUGGAUGCCAUGCCAUCGAGCACUGGGAGCGGAGUGCCCCACGAGGGUGAAGCUCAACGGUCUGACGCUUUGGGGGCAUCAUCCAGAUUUGCCCAUCCUAGCGUACAGGCAAAGGAAUCUGCUACGACUUGGAACAAUGAGAGCAUGAAACUAGAGAUAAGGGCAAGGGUGAAGGGCAGGCGUCCCCAAGACUUCGCAGAUGACGAAGCAGGGAAUGAAGCUGACGCCGAGGACGACGAUGACCGAUCGUGUGACUGGUCGUCGUCGCCACGGGGCAGGCCUGGCCACGUGUCAGAACUGGCGGUCGAGUCCAGCCGGGACUCGCAGGAUCAGGCCACGGGCUUCCGCAGACCGCCAAGGCACCCAGUGGCACCAGGCGAAGCGCCGGCAGCACCAAUCUUCAAGGUUCGAGAGUGGAAGGCGGGUAAGGACCGCCCAAAGGACCCUGCAUCCAUCACCAAGGCCAGGGUGCAGGAGGUGCAGCACAUAGUCCCCCAUAACCUUAAGGACCGGGUGAAGUUCUUUCAAUCCCUGGUUGAGGAGAAGGAGAUGGCAAAGGUGACCCAGCCGUGGACGGUGGAGGGGCGGGUGACACGGCAGGGGUCGAUGCCGAUGGCGGAGUUUCUCACACUGGGGUGGGCCUACCAGUCAGAGACUGAGGCUUCUCUGGGGAAUCUUUCGCCGCGCACAAGCGUCAUGGAUUCAGAGGACGGAGAGCCGGCAGAGCUGGAGGAGGGCACUGUGGAGGGGACCGUGUCUCGGUUGAUAGUGAAGAGGGGGUGGCAUUCCAUGGACAUUAAUGAGUGGAAGGGUCCUGGUGACGGGCCCGGCCACAGGCCGGCUCAGAGUGUUGGCAUUCCCCCGGCUGGGGGCAAAGGCGCGGCUGGUUCUGAUCCUUUGGACGGCCCUCCGCUGUCUGCUGGCCCUUCUGCUAAAGUUGAGGUGCCUGAUGCAGUCCCUGAUGCAGCACCUGAUGGGGUGGCUGAAGCUCAGGGAGAGCCCCAUGCCAGCGAUGAGGCGUCGAAGCAUGACAAAACAGACAAGUCGGAGUGUGCUGCGUGGCUGGAUGAGCUGAUCCUGGCCCUUUGGGACGACCUGGCCACGUACUCGACGCUGGCUCACUUUGACAAGAAAUUGAAGUCCGAGCUGGGGAUGGGAAUGGCGGGGCAGAUCCUGGGUGCAGAGGAGCAGCUUCCGGAGCCCGAGUGGAAGCCCCCACUGGGCGAGCUCACCUGCGACAGCCCCAGGGAGGCGGAGGAAGGCGAGUCUUGGGGCAUCCCAACAACCAACCAGAGGGACUGGGUGCGUCGGGCGCUGCUGUGCCAGCGGCUGCAGCGCCACGCGGAGGCCGAGCAGGCUUUCCGGGUGUGCCUGGCCCGCGGCUUUAACCUCACAGCACUGCUGGCUCUGUCCAAAACCUACGCUGAGCAGGGGCAUUGCCGGAAGGCGCUGCACAUGCUGGACCAGGUGGCUCAUUUCCACAAUGGCCGGCACGAGUUUGCCAGGGACCCCUACACCCCACACUCGUUUGUGCACCCUGUGGGGAAGCUGGUCAGGCUGCUGGGCCCAGAGGAGGUCAAGGAAGUUGCCGGGAAGUGCCACCCGCUGGUGCAGCAUGCCGUAGAGCAGGUGCUGAGGUGUCAGGCUUGGGGUGUGGGAGGGAGGGGCAGCAGGGGGGGCUGA